AUGGACACAAACGCGCUGUACUCGUGCUUCGAGGCCACCACCAACGGCAACCCCAACACCAUCAAGCAGGCCGAGGCCCAGCUCAAGGAGGUGGACAAGAUGCCCGGCUUCAUCCACAGCUGUCUGGACAUUGUUCGGGAGCCCCAGGCGUCGGACAAUGUGCGCAAGGCCGCCUCGGUCUAUCUCAAGAACAUGGUCACUCGAAACUGGAACCCCCACACCUCUUCCAAGAAGCUGAUCCGGGUCGAGGAGAAGCCCGAGUUCCGGGAGAAGCUGGUGCCUACUCUUGUAUCUGUGUCCGGGGCUGAGGGCGUCAAUUCGCUGCUGCGAUCUCAGCUGGUGGCCAUGCUGGCAUACAUUGUCGUGCUGGACUACCCCAAGGACUGGCCAUCUCUGCUGGGCCAGGCUGAGCAGCUGCUUCAGAGCGAGUCGGACCAGGACAAAUUCACCGGCGUGCUGAUCCUCACCGAAGUCACCAAGCGAUACCGAUACACCACCGGCGAGAGCCGAGCGCACCUCAACGAGAUCAUCACACGCACUUUCCCCACGUUGCUGCUGUUUGGCCAAUCGCUGGUGAAUCAGGACUCGUACUACGCUGGCGACAUGCUGCGACACAUUCUUAAAAUGUACAAGUACGCCACCUACUACAAGCUGCCCGUGGAGCUGCAGGGCGACGAUUCUCUGCGGCCCUGGGCCGAGCUGCAUCUCAACGCCAUCACCCGAACCCUGCCCCAGGAGGUACUGGCUCUGGACGUGGAGGACCGUGAGCUGCAUCCCUGGACAAAGUGCCAGAAGUGGGGCUACGCCAACCUCUACCGAAUCUACCACCGAUACGGCGCCGAGUCGGUCGUGGCCGCCGAGUACGAGGCCUUCAGCGCCCGAUUCAACUCUCAGUACGUGCCCGAGAUUCUGCGGGCCUACUUCCAGCGCAUCGAGGGCUGGGCCAAGGGUGAGAUCUGGAUCUCCGGCAAGUCGCUCUACAAGCUCGUCUACUUUCUGGAGGACUGCAUCCGAGUCAAGGAGAACUGGCACUUGAUCCAGGACCACAUUGACACUAUUGUGCGUCACGUGGUCUUCCCGCUGCUGUGUCUGACUGAGAACGACCUCGAGGCGUUUGAGGACGAGCCCGUGGAGUACAUUCAUCGACGAAUCGAUGUCUACGACGAAAACCCCACCGCCGACAUGGCCGCCACCUCUUUCCUCAUCACCCUGGUCGAGAAGCGGCCCUCCUGUCUGCCUUCUGUGCUGCAGCUGGUCCAGGAGACAGUGCAGGCCAACUCUGGCAACGGAGAGCUCGAGCUCGCCAUUAAGCGUGAGUCUGCGCUGCGAAUGUUGGGUGCCAUCUCCCAUCUCAUUAUCAUGAAGAAGAAGAAUGCCCAGUUCCGAACCAUGAUCGAGCCAUUCCUCAUGGAGUACGUGGUGCCCGAUUUCACCUCCCCCCACGGCUUUAUGCGAGCACGAGCCUGCGAGAUGGUCAACUCGUACGCCGACAUUGAGUUCCAGAACCAGGACACGGUGCGAACUCUCUACAGCAAGGUGCUGGUCUGUCUGCAGGACCAGCACCUGCCUGUGCGAGCCGAGGCUGCUCUGGCUCUGCAGCCUCUGAUCCAGAUUGACGACGUGCGUGUGGCGCUGGCAGACAACAUCACCGCCAUCAUGCAGCAGCUGCUGGAGCUGUCCAACGAGAUUGAGCUGGAUGCCAUCUCGGCCGUCAUGGAGAACUUUGUGGACUCCUUCUCCGAGCAGCUGGCGCCCUUCGCUGUUCAGCUCGCCACCCAGCUGCGAGACCAGUUUAUGCGAAUCGCCCAGGAGCUGUGUGAGAAGAAGAACCCCGACCCGGAUGCCGACGACAACUUUGAUUUCUACGCCGACGAAGACAAGACUCUGGCUGCCGAGGGUAUUCUCAACACCAUCAUUACCCUCAUCAUGGCCAUGGACAACUCCGUGGAGUCCAUCUAUGCCAUUGAGGAGGUGCUGAUGCCCGUGUACAAGCUGGUUCUGGAGCAGGGUCUGGUCGAGUUCCUGGCCGCCAUUCUCGAGCUCAUUGAGGAUACCACCUUCUGCACAAAGUCCAUCUCGCCCAACAUGUGGGCCAUCUUUGCGGUGCUGUCGGAUACGUUUGUGGAGCACGCCAUGGACUUCAUUGAGGAAUUGCAGCCCGUGUUGGAGAACUACAUGAACUACGGUGCCGACCAGCUCAAGCAGAACCCCACCUUCAUUGCCAAGAUCUGGCACAUCAUCGAGUCUGUUCUCACCGAAAAUGAGGGCCGGCUGUCCUGGCAGGAAAAGGUGUACGCCUGUCGACUUAUUCAGGCUCUCGUGCUCAACUUCCACGGCCACGUGGACGAGUACGUGGAGCGAAUCGUCAAGCACACCGUGUCGAUUCUGGUUGCCGAGCCUAACCCCGAGGAGCCCAUGAAGCCCGUCUUCCGUCUGCAUUUGAUUGAGAACAUUCUGUCGUGUCUCAUCUACAACCCCGUGGCCACCAUUGGCCUCCUGGAGCAGGUCAACUUCACUGCGCCCUUCUUCUCCAUGUGGUUCGAGAACAUGGAGCAGUUCACCCGAGUCAACGACAAGAAGCUCAUUUGUCUUGCUCUGCUAGCAGUGAUCAACAACGCUGCUGCUCUGCCCGAGGCUCUGCAGCAGAACCUUCCCUCUCUGUUCCAGGGACUGGUGUCUGUCAUGGGCACUCUUCCCGCUGCUGAGAAGCACAAGGAGGAGGUGUCCAAGGAGUUCGAUCCCACCCUCGGCUCAGAUCUGGCUGCAUACACUGGCGAGCACUUUGACUAUGACGACGAGGAGGACUUCAACCCCGCUGACCUGCCCGAGGGCGAAGAGGAGGACGAGGAGGAUGAGGACGAGGCCUAUGCCAAGCUGUUGCAGUCGGAGAGCAUUCUCAGUGGCGGCUUCCGAUUCGACGACGGAGAUACCGUGGAAGAGGAGGGUCUGGUGGACAACCCCACCGACAGCGUCAACAUGUACGCGCAGUUCAAGCAGCAGGUGGAGGCGCUCUCACAGAGCAACUCUGGAUUGUACCAGACUCUGGUAUCUUCUCUUACUCCUGACCAGGUCAAGGUUGUUGAGAACAUGUACCAGCGAGCCGACCAAGCUCCUCGACAGUAA